AGUUUGCUAUUCGGAAGUUGUUUAUAGAAAACAAAAUGUGACGUGGCUAAUCCCGCAGGACAUGUAGAAACAGUUAAGCCAAGACAUUAAGCUUUUACCUGAAAAAUAUGAAGCAUUUCAUUGAACUAUAGAAAGGUGAGAAGAUGUCUGACAGUGAAGCUUCUUGUCCAGUCGCUGAAGACUCACAGGAACAACCAGAAACACAGGAUGCGGGUGUAGUUGCAGGACACAACUCCUCUCCAUCAGUGUCUAACAGCUCCGCUGAUGUGGCUCCGACUAGGAAAACAAGGAGGAGAGCAGAAGUCAAACUGGCCACUGAAGCUGUGGGGGAAUCAAAGGUGGAGGAGCCGAUGGCAGAGAUGUUUAAUGACAUGACUGUGUCUCAGAGUGGUUGGGGAUACUGGGGUAACUGGGGCGUAUCCAUCCUUUCCACAGCAACAUCUACUGUUGCCACAGUGGGCCAAGGCCUCGCUCAGGUGAUCGAGAAGGCUGAGACAUCCCUGGGAAUUCCGAGUCCCACCCAGCUGUCGGCUCAGGUGGAGGAAGAACAAACACAGCAGGAUUCCUUACCUGAAGCUCAGGAAUGCCGUGAGAUGAACGCAGCAUCGAUUGAUGGAUCGUCAGCUGCAGGAAGUGCUUUGGGAAUGUUUUCUUCUCUCACCAGCAUUGUUCAAACCACAGGAAAGACGGUCAUAACUGGAGGCUUGGAUGCUCUGGAGUUCAUUGGGAAGAAAACUAUGGAUGCGAUUGCAGAAGGUGAUCCCGGUUUUAAAAAGACCAAGGAAUUGAUGAACAGGAGCUCCACUCUGUCACAGGUGUUGCGGGAGGCCAAGGAGCGAGAGGAGCUUCAGACAGCAGGGGAAGAGUCAUCAGAUUCAGAGAGGAAUGUGGUUGCUCGCUACAGUAUGCUAUUUGAUGAAUUUCAUGGUCUCUCCCACCUUGAAGCUCUGGAGAUUCUGUCCCGAGAGAGUGAGUUGAAGGUAAAGUCGGUGCUAACCACUCUGUCAGGAGAUGAGCUGGUUCAGCUGAUAGAGGAGCUCGACUCCAUCAAGAAUUAUUUCUCCAUGAUGGAGUUUGAUGAUGAGGAGGUUGAAGAGAAGAAAGAUGGAAACGGUGAUGAGUUUGAAAGGGAGGUGAUGAAGACCAUGGACAGUGUCUGUUCCACAUCAUCAGAGACUCUGAGACUGUCCACAUUUGAGACAGCUGACAGACUCAAACAGGCUUUUAGGAGUGCCUACAUCAGAAUCAAGGACAUGACGCAACCACAGGAGGAUGAGGAUAAAGAAAGGGAGAUAAAGAAAAUACACUCUGUAGAGGACAUUCAUGCUGCAGCUAUUCUCAGCCUGGCGGAGGUGACGGCUCGAUCCAUCGAGCUUUUCCACAAACUGGCUGAGAUGAUCCUCUUCUCAUGCAGCAGCACAGACGUCGGCUUCGUUUCACAGUUAACAGUUGUCCUAUGUAAAGAAAUGUCUCUGCUGUCUAAGAGGUUUACGUCCUGUCUAACAUCAGAAGGGUCUACAGAGAAAGCAGACGUCCUGAACCCGCUGAUAACAGGAGUCUUUCUGGAGGCAUCAAACAGCGCGUCUUACAUCCAAGAUGCUUUCCAGCUACUCAUGCCGAUACUGGAGAUAUCCCACAUCCAGAAGAAAGCCAGAUCCUCAGAGCAGUGAUGUGACCCCUGACCUCCAUAGUCACAAUGACAACAGGACAACUGACAUGUUUUGUUUAAAUGGAUCACUUCAUUUCACGCUGUCAAUAAAUAAAACAAUGUCCCACCUGGAAGGAGAAAUGGUUGUUUACACUAUCAACACAUCAGAGGCUUGUCCUACGAAGUGGGAUUACCAUACCUGGGAUACUUUGAACUUAGACAAAGAACUUACAAGAAGUUUUUUACGAGUCGAGAGAAUGAAGAGAACAAAAUUUUGUCAGGAUGCAUAGAGAUGCAUUUAAAGGACCAAAGCUUGACCCCAGGUUCCACCCGGUCUAUGUCCAAGAAAUAUCAGCAACAGAUGCUAAA